CUCCUUAACUAAUAUUAUUGUCAAGGCUUCUUAUCAAAGGGAUCGCUAAUAUACAAAACAACAACAAUCAGAGUAGUGGGCAUUUACACUUUUCACACCUUGGUCACUACAAAGACCUAUUGGUUUCGACACAACGAAGUUGUCACAAUUAAGUGCCACCGUGGAUCACACACGCCCCUGCGCCUUGACAGAUCUCUUCAAAGGACGUCAGGGGAGAGGCUGGGAGUAUAAAACCAAGCCUCAGCAUCACACCUGGAGCAUUUGGAAUCUACCUGUUGGAGAGACAACACACACAUUGGGAACUAUGAAGGGACUAGCAGUGGAUUUCUCUUUUGCGCUUCUUCUUAUUUUGGAUUUGGGUCUCAGUGUGGCAGCACAGUCCUUUCCUGGCAUGCGCCCUGACGCACUGCUCCGUGGAAUGAGCAGCGCUUCUAGACGCAAUGAGCACAAGCAGCAUGCACACAAGCUGCCCCUCUACAUGAUGCAGCUCUACCGGACCAUGCUGACAGAAGACCGGGAUAGGUCUCCGGCUGCCACCGUGAGACAUACGCAGGAGGAGGAUGACAGUACGGGUCUGCACGACUCCGACUCAGUGAUCAGCCUUGUCGCUAAAAGCUGCCAGCAGAUUGGCAAGAGGUGGUCAGUCACCUUUGACAUGUCUUCCAUGUCUGCAACCGACACCAUCCAAUUGGCUGAACUCCGCAUCCGCCUGCCCGCCUUCACAAAGUCUUUCCAGGCCUCAGUGGACAUCUUCCACUCCCACGGGGAUGCAUGCUCCGGCAUGAACUGUCCAGAGAACAGGAUGUUCCUCGGCCGCCUGAGAGCUCAUCCAGCUUCGAUGGACUCCCCCUCCUCUUGGAAGGUGUUCAACAUGAGCGAGAUGCUCCGUCACUGGCUGCAGCGGGGGCACUCCAACCAGAGGAUGGAGGAGGAUGAGGUAGAAGUGGAGGAUGUAGCACAGGAGCCUGAAGAAGUCCAACACCUUACAACCGACAGAGUGAUGAUGGUGGUCUUUUCGAGGCAGAACCCAAAUGCUCAGCGAACACUCAUCCGCACAGCAGAGCACUCCAAGUACGUCAGCCUGGACAGGGAGCGAGUGAAGCCUGGUUCUGGUUCCAGGAGAGGGAGACGCAGGGCGAAGAGGCACCACUAUCCUCAGCAGCAGAGAAAUACAAUAGUUGGAACUGUUUCUGCCAGCAAGCCUUCAGAAGAGGAGAAGAAGGGACCACUCUGCAGGAAGGUGGACAUGUGGGUGGACUUUGAGAAGCUUGGCUGGAACGAUUGGAUUGUCUACCCUAAACGGUACAAUGCUUAUCGCUGUGAAGGAAGGUGUCCCACACCAGUGGAUGAGACCUUCACCCCAACUAAUCAUGCAUACAUGCAGAGCCUGCUGAAACUCCACCACCCAAACAAGGUGCCAUGUGUCUCCUGUGUGCCAACACGCCUGGCGUCACUCUCCAUGUUGUACUACGAGAACGGGGAGAUGGUCAUGAGGCAUCAUGAGAACAUGGUGGUGGAAGAGUGCGGCUGCCACUGAGAAAAGACUGAUCAGAUAGACUGAAGUCAGUGAGCUGUAGGUCCAGAGGUGCCCACAGCCACAGACCUGUGCUGCUCAGAGGCACAAAGUGGAUGAAUGUCCACAGGCACUUUAAAGACAUCCAGUUUGACCCUGGGUCAGAGGCUGCUGCUGCUGCUGCUGCACUGCAGGACAUAAAGGACAGAAACUGCUGUGUUCAAUGACUCAGAUCUCCAAACAAUAACUGUUGGUACUCUCCCUUGAGGUUUUAGAGACCUGAAUUGUGCCCUCGACAGCAAUUGGAUGAGCUAUGACUCGUGUUUUCAAGGACUGAUUAAGUAUUGAUCAAGUUAAGAUGAAACAAGGUUGUAACAAAAGCACAACAAGGUCCCUGAUUGAAGCACUACGGAAGAUUCAAGAAAACCGUUCUACACAAGAGGACAAACAUUUAAUGCUGUUAAACAGAUUUUUCUUUAGUCUCUGAAAUGACAAAUACAGAUGUCAGAGUUCUGUAAGCGCUUUAUCUUUAUUAAGAUGUUUGGGUCACAUUGACCAAUUUGAAUUUAUGCUAUGAGCAG